UUCGGUUCGACUCGGUUCACCUCGCCUCAACGAAGAUCCCGCGAUCUCUUUCUCUCUCUCUCUGUCUCCUUCUCUCUCAUCUACUUAUGACGGCCGCGUAUUUAGCCGGUUUCCCUUGCGGACGAGAGGGAGAGUUUCCCCUAGAUAGGUCUCACGCGACAAGAAAUAUCGGCAACACUAGCAAACAGCAGCGCCACGGUUCUUAAAGGCGAGAAACUUGUCCCAUACAAUUGACUAAUCACAGUCGAAGGAGAAUUAUAGAUCUGUUCUUUUCUAGCUGCACCUAAUCCACCUUCUGCACUUGAAAUGAAACGAGUUUAUAUUGAGCGGAGAGGGACAGAGAGAGAAAAAGUGCGGGAGAAAGUGUGGUUAGUGCAGUUGAGAGCGCACUUUACGCGAAGCCAUCGUCGCAUCAGCUGUGAGCUGAUUGCCCUUUAAGUUUCAUUAAAGGGAAAAAGUGAGAGAAAAGUUUUAUUUAAUUAUGUUAUGAGAGGUUGGACCGACAAGAUGCUCAAGUGACUCGAGAAUCUCGUUGAGAGCUUGAGAUGAAAUGCAAAAUUGAUAGUGGCGGCUGACAAUUUAUAGCCUUCCGCAAUUAAAUUAUGUUACAUUUUGAUUAUUUUUCCCAACUUUUUAUCUCAUCUAUGAAGUAUUAUCGGUAAUGAUAGAUAAGAUAUGUUUAACCGUCUAUAUAUAUAAUCAGGAAAAGGAACGUGCUUUAAAUACGUUCCCUUUGCCUCCACAAAGUCGAUUCGUCGAAGAUUCCAUGUCGUGCUGAUACUAUCAGUGAUGACAUGUCCAAGUACCUUCUGACCAUACGGAUACGUCAACGUUUUGUGAUUAGUCUCCCCCAGCUACUUUGGUGGAUUUACAUAAUUACUUAUUAGUAAUUGUUAUUCGUGAUAUUUCUCAUUUCUCAUUUCUUAUUUCUGAAGAUAAAGGUUGUUUUGAUUAAACAUACUAUAGGGAAUACAUUGAAAUUGUGCAAAUAUGUUGAAGGCAGUUAUCUUAAUUGGAGGACCCUUGAAAGGAACAAGGUUUAGGCCUCUUUCUCUGGAUAUCCCAAAGCCAUUGUUUCCAGUGGCUGGAUUACCUAUGAUACAACAUCAUAUCGAGGCGUGCACCAAAGUGCCUGAUCUCAAUGAAGUAUUGAUAAUCGGCGCGUAUCCCAAGAAUGAUUUAGCACAGUUCAUACAACAGAUGUCAAGUACCUAUGGCAUAGUUAUCAGGUAUCUGCAGGAAUUCACUCCACUUGGCACAGCAGGCGGCAUGUAUCACUUCCGUGAUCAGAUACGUUCAGGCAGCCCAUCAUACUUUUUCAUAAUGAACGGAGAUGUCUGCGCUGACUUUCCUCUGUUGGAAAUGGUGGACUUUCAUAAAAGCAAGCAGGCCUUGCUCACAAUCAUGGCCACUGAGGCGACUCGUCAGCAAUCCUUGAAUUAUGGGUGUAUGGUUUUGGGGAAAGAAGGGGAGGUAGCGCAUUACGUUGAAAAGCCUUCCACAUUUGUAUCAACCCUUAUCAAUUGUGGAGUAUAUCUCGCUUCCCUGGAUAUAUUUCAAACGAUGGCAGAUGUUUUUCAUGCUAAUCAGCAGCAAGAUCAUAUUAUGCAAUCAUACGGCAAUGGCAGAGAUCCGGCGCACAUUGCGUUUGAACAAGACAUACUGACACGUUUGGCAGGAAGUGGUCGGUUGUUUGCCUUACCUGUGCUUAGGUGGUGGUCGCAAGUAAAAACUGCGGGAUCCGCGAUAUAUGCCAAUCGACAUUACUUGGCCCUUUAUAAGCAGAAGCAGCCAAACCGCUUAGCUUCGAUGAGCAACGAUUCUUGUAACAUCAUUGGGGAUGUGUAUAUUCAUCCAUCGGCCACUGUACAUCCCACUUCCAUGCUAGGCCCCAAUGUUAGUAUAGGUCCUAACACAAUUAUAGAGCCUGGUGUGAGAAUCAGAGAAUCGAUUGUAUUGGCUAAUGCACACAUACAGGCUCAUUCUCUGAUCUUACACAGCAUCAUAGGAACAGGCACUAGUGUGGGUGAAUGGGCACGCGUCGAAGGAACUCCAUGUGAUCCUAAUCCUAACAAACCAUUCGCAAAAAUGGAGAAUCUGCCAUUGUUUAAUGUCAAUGGAAAACUUAACCCAUCCAUUACGAUACUCGGUACCAGCGUGAGCUUGGCCGCGGAAAAGAUUCUGCUGAACUCGAUCGUUCUGCCGCAUAAGGAACUGACGAGGAACUAUAAGAAUGAAAUUAUUCUCUAACUGUCCGUGUGCAAUUAUUGGGGUUGAUGAAAGUUGGAUAUAGUGAGAAAGGACUCGCACAAAUGAACUCGAUCAAACACUAAGUAUAUGUAAUUUUGAACUUUUACAUUAAUUUGUUAUACAAAAUAUUCAAUAAUUUUCUAAUAUGAAAUCAAGACUUUGCAUCGUGUGCAUUAUUUUGCAAUCAUAAUUUAUGUACAUAAGAGUAAGGAGAUGCAGCACAACUUUUCUAAGCUACUGAGAGUUGUAUAUACCAUGUUUGCAUAUAUACUACGAUUGCAUGAAUGCAUCUGUAUGUAUCUAUGGAAACGUACCACCGUUUAUAUUUUCAUAUAAGUGUAUUAAUAAACCUUUUCAUUUAUUGAUUAA